AUGUGGGACACCCAUGUGCAUUGCCUCGACUCCAAUGUGUUUGUAGAUACACAGCGUCCAUCAGGCAGGCAUUGUUGGAAAUUGCCUGCAGAGGUUUCAGCUGCUGUUGCAAACCGCGUUUCCAACAGAGUUCUUUUGGCUCCUCUUUUGCGCCAUACUUACCUCCUGGCACUAACGACUACUGUUGCUCAACUGGUUGUUUAUCUCACCUGGCUGAAGCGAAGAUGCCGGAAAGGACUGGUGCAAGACUCGAUGUGGUCUUUUGCAAAAAGAAAUCCUGCCCUGAUAACUGCCUUUGGUAUGUGCGAGGGCGCCUUUUUUCCAUUGGUUUUCUACUCAGCUGCUAGACUACCUGGGAGCCUGGUCCAGGUGCUGAAUCAAACAUUGAUACCAUCUACAGUUCUGCUCAGCUGUCUUUUCUUGCGGCGCCGAUAUGAUAUUCUGCAGAUCACAGGUGUCGCGGUUGUUCUUGCAGGCGUCGCAGCAUUCACAUCGUUUCCACGAACCUCUGGCUCUGUCGCAGUUGUUGCACUUUGCAUAGCUGCAUAUGGGCUUCAAGCUGGAGCAAUGGUGUUGAAAGAGGUGGUUUUCUCAAGAUAUCAAAAGAACCCAGCAGGCUCCUGCGCAGGACAUGCAAACGAUGGUAUCGGUGGAGAUCGUUGCCUGCCUUUUGAUCCUGCACUAUUCCUGACAGCAGGGACAGGUUGCCGCCUUCUUGUUCAGUUUUUGGCCUGGCCUGUUUUUCAACAACUCACGCAAGGUUUGAGUCUCAGGAGUUGUUUUGCAGCUGGUUUUCAAGCAAUGCAGCAACCUUCAGUUCUACCUCUGGUUGUGUUCUACAUUGCAGCAAAUGUGGCCUUGAGCAUCACCGCCCUGUUACUUGUGCAGAAGACUUCCGCUGCUGCCACCGUCCUGGCCAAUGUCGCACCAAAGUUGCACCGGAGAGGUUUUCUAAAGAUUCUAAAGUGUUUUUUUAUUUUGUUCAUGUUUUAUUUGGAAUAUGUUGGAAUGUUUGUCCACCUUACAGUUGUUCUAAGUUGA